GGCAGUGACGCGCGGCUCGCCGCUGCAUACGUUCCUUCCGCGUGCUGCGCGCUCCGACCGGUGACAGUGAGUGACCCGCGACCCGCGACCUGUGCUAGUGUGUGUGACAGUGACGUGUCCUAUAACGACACAUCGUGCCUACAGUGAUAAUUGCAACUUUAUAAAAGUUUAUUAUUGAAUUCCUUAAAAAAGUUCUGAGUGGUUGUUUACCAAUGGAUGACUAAAAGGAUCAGAAUUCAAUAUAUCUAGUAGGCGUGCCGGCGGCGGCUAUGGGCGCGCGGCGGGCGCGAUGGCGGUGACGUGCCCGGAGGUCAUGUACGGCGCCUACUACCCGUACCUGUACGGCCGCGGCGCGCGCUACCACCACGCACACUUCCAGUAUGACCGGUUCAACGUGGGUAGCGGCGGCGGCAGCGAGGCGUACGGCGGCGGCUCGGGGUCGAGCGGGGCCGUGUCCCCCGCGUCGCCCCCCGCGCACGCGCCCCCGGCCCACGCGCCCCCCGCGCACGCGCCACCCCCGCGCCUGCGCGCCAAGGAGGAGGACCUCUCCACGCAUGGUCGCGCCAGCGCUGAUGGCGGCGGGUCGUCGGAGUCGGAGGGCGAGAUGGGCGGCGGCGCGGCGGGGGCGGGCGGGACGGGCGGCGCGCGCGCGCAGUACGUCAGCGCCAACUGCGUGGUGUUCACGCACUACUCGGGCGACGUCGCCGCCGUCGUGGACGAGCACUUCGCCCGGGCGCUCGCGAUCGACAAACCCAAAGAGAGCGUGCCGAUGGUGUCGCGCAACCUGCCCGCGUCGUUCUUCAACGCGCUGGCGUGCGCGGGCGCGGGGCCGGGGCCGGGGGGCGCGGGGGGUGCCGGGGGCGUGGGGGGCGGCUGCGGCGUGGAGCUGUACGAGUACGACCCGUGGCAGGCGUACGGGGGCUACGGCGCGGGGGUGGGCGCGCAGUACGGGCACGCCAUGGGCGGCUACGGCGGGCUGCUGCUGGGCCGCGGCGUGCCGGCGCAGUACAAGCCCGUGGACUGGGCGCACGGACACAUGGAGCAUGCACACGCCGCGCACUGCUCGCCCUACUCCUACCCCGCCGUGCCCGGUUUGGAGGCUCAAGUUCAGGAUUCUUCUAAAGACCUAUACUGGUUCUGAGAGGGACGCCGCGAGCCACCGCUAGCCGCCGCUAGCCAACACUAGCUACGUGUAGCCAACACUAGCCACGAGUAGCCAAAACUAGCCACCACGAGUAGCCACUCCUAUCCGCCGGCUGAUGCCGCAAUGACAGUGACGGACGCCAGUGAGUGCAGUGACAGUGACCUAGUGAACAAUGACGCCACCAGACUAUGUGGAGACACUCGGACAGUGCAGCGGUGUCACCGGCGGUGGUCACGUGGGAUGUAGGCGACGUAGUCACGACAGCACGGCCGCUGUAGGCAACACACGUUACUUAUGACAACUUAUUUAUAAUUAUAAAAAUAUCAUCGGUAUUACUUACUUAAAUAGUAUUGUUUUAAAAUUUGUAUAUAAUGCUCGAGCAUAUAGUGUGUGCUGCUGUGUAUAGCUCGAGCUCCGCGACGAUGCGACUGCAGUAAUGACAGUAUUCCACGAAAAGACAAUGUUACGAGUUUUUCUGUAAGGAUUGUAAAUAGAUAAAUAUAAUGUUAGUAGCAGCAAAUGUGAUAGUUAUAGGUAUACAACUAUAUAGCUGAGGGUGAGCGGGAGCGCACUACUCACUGUGAAUUCGCAGCUCACGUUCAUUGUCAUCUUUGUCAUGUAUCAUAUUAUUUCUCUGUUUAUGUUUCGACUGCAUCUGAAUCAAUGCCACUAAGUCAUCUCUCUUAAUAAUUAUAGAAUGUAUUGAGCAAUCAGCAAAAAAUAUCCUAAAAGCUUUUAAUUAAUAUUGAUAACAUUAUAAUGUUAAUAAUGUGCUACGCUAGAGCUACGCGGCGCGACCCGCGUGCAUAGGUUAGAGUUCAACGCGCGCACGCACUUACAGCCUUCAAUUAUAUUGCUUGAUACAUUAUUAUAAUUUUAUUUGAACUUCGUCUUUCCCAGAAUAGUACAUAAAACAAUUUUAAAAUAAGAGAGAUGCUUUACCUAGAAAACCUAUGUCUCCGUCUUCUAAAUUUACAUUUGAUAAACCGAAUAGAAGAAAUGUUUAGACAAAAUGAUGUUAUAAUUAAUAGGUACCUUUAGCAUUAGAUAGUUAUAAUGUAAAAUAAAUAUUAAAUAGAUACGAUAAUAUUAGAUAUUAUAUAUAAUGUAUGUAAGUAGAUAGAGAUGUGGCGUGCAUUGCUACGCGCAACAGUUGCCGCGUGUAACAUCGCGUGUGACAUGUCGCGCAUUCCCCAAUGCGCAUAUGCACGUAUAAUUAGUUCCAAUCAGCCAGACAAAUCAUCAAAUUGAGGCACCGGCCAACACUGAUACUUCUUCACUAUUACUUCAUCAUUACUGUGGUAAACAUUAAACUACUUGUCGAUGUCCAAAACGAAUAAAGUAUCUGUUGGUGUGGAUCACAUAAUCCCUCAAUAUGAUGUUUUGUGUAUGCUGAUUGGGAAAUAUUAUGUAUACCUAUAGUAUAUAGCUGCGGCUUCAGCGCGGGCUCGCUUCAUGAAUUCAGGAUGAUUUUGCGACAGCUAAAUGGUUCAGAUAUACUUACUCAUAUAUAAAAAGGAGCAAAAAAUAUUGAUGCUUACAUGUUUUUUUGCUCUUUACCGGUAUUUUCAUUUACUGAAACACUGUAAUGGCUUUACGGUCACUCGUGCAAUAAUGUCUACAUACUAUAAAUAAUGUUAAGAAGUUUAAAAAGUGUAAUUUGAUGUAAAAUAUUUGAGUUUAUUCGCGUAGAAAACACAUACACGGAGCUCCUAUCACAUUAUGAUGUUACUGCAACAAGCGGAGUGUUCUGUCGCUCGGUAGCAGCUCUGUACGUCGGUAUGUACAUGAGUACACGCAGUCUCUUUCAGCGAAACCAUACUUUGCAACAUAGAUGUAACAUUUUGGUAAUUCAUUUAAUCUGUGAGGUUUGUUUCAACAGUAGCGUGCACCCGGCGCCCAGUGAGCGCCAGCGAGCGACACCACGCAUGUGCGACAACACAUGUCUAUUUCGAUAAUCACAUUGAUUUACGUUACCUAUUUACGACUGUGAAUGUUUCUACAGAACAAUGUCCGUUGAAAGUGACUGCUCGUGCACUAUUGCUCAGAUACCGCUGAUGUUUACGAGCGACACGACGCUUCAGACUAUAAAUUACCAACUUUUAUUAGUUUUAGUGAAGUGACGCGGCCACUUGAUGCCACUUCACGACAUACGUCAGUCUUCAUUUUGUUUUUACUCGGAUUGAACCAGCACUACUCUAAAGGAAACCUCAUAAAAAGUAACCAAGUUUAAGUCUUUGCUAAUUAUUUAAUUAGAAAUGCAAUAAUUGUAAAUCUUUAGUAUACGUCAACACCAAUUAAAUUAAGGUAUAAUACUGUCAUUGGUUUCAAUUAUCUUUAUUAUUUACAAAAAUGCAAUGUGAACUAUAAAAACCAAUCUAAUAUGUAUCAGUAAAUAUGUAUGUAAUUUAAUUCAACAUUCUGUCUUUAU